AUUCUUAACACUAUCAACUCCUUCCAUACGACACCACUCAAUCCCUAGUUCAAGAUGAAGAUUACCAUGAUUGAUGUCACGAAGAUCGUUCCAGUUCUUCUACUUUCGUCUUCAAUGGUUGAAGCCAGAUUUCACACCCAGUGCUCAUGCGAUAGCGGUGUCAACAAUAGUUUGACUUUUGACUGGCAAUUAACUUUUAACGCAUGUGUCAACAAUUACUCUGGAGAGGCAUCCUACAACCCGGCGGAAGGAAGGUGCCAUUGGUUCAAAGGCCAUCAUGUUCAGGGAGAUGACUGGAAUGCAGUCUGCAUACAACAGGCGAUUGAUGGAUACUAUCCCGUCACUAACGGUCUUGUCGACACAACCCGCCCAAAAAUCACAGGGAGGACAGGUCACGGCUAUUGUAAAUAGUCAUUGAUAUUGCCUCGAUAUUGGCAUAGGUGGACAGUGUUUUAGUCACGGCGCAGUCAAUUAUAA